AUGAGGGUGUGCGCAAAUGAAUCAGAGGAGGUGCUCACUGGUCACGUGAACCCUCGCUAUCUUCGCAGAUUCCUAGACCUCGUGCAACAGUUGAAAAGAGUCACAGAAGGAAAGAGGGGGGAUGGAGAGGAGGAGGGGCGAGGGAAGAAGGGGACGAAAGGGGAGGGAGCUGAAGCGGCGAAGGGGGGGAAGAAGGAUGAGCGGGGGGAGCUGUCUGCCUGUUCAAGAGUCAGUGGGGCGCUCCUGAGGCGAGUCUUUGCAGAGAUGGUGGUAUCCAGAAGCGAUCAAGUCGACACGGCAGCCUGCUCCCUGCUCUGCGACUUUGCUCUCGCCCCAUCGCCAUCAGCAUCAGAAGCAGGGGCAGGAGCACAAGCACCAGCAGCAGCAGCAGCAGCAGCAGCAGCAACCGAAGGUGCAGGGUCAGCAGCAGAUGUGCAGCAAGCAGAGUUGCAGCAAGUGCGGCCUUUCCUCUUGUCCCCAACCACGGGCAUCUCCCCUCCCUCCCUCCCUGUCAUCGGCUCUUCCCACACCCCCUUCCCCUCUGCCUCCUCCUCGCUCCACCUCCCCUUCACCCCCCCUCCCUCCUCCUCGCACUCCGCCUCCCUGCUGCCUCCGCUGGUUCCUGUUUGGCUCCCGGGGUACGCUGACGUGGCAGCAGCUCUGCUGGCUGUUGGAUUCUCCCCAUCUCUCCUCUGGAGAGAUCAAAUGGCCAUGGAAUACAGUGCGCACACGCCUAACCCACACUCACCACCUUCUGCCGCCGCCGCCGCCGCCGCCGUCGCCGCCGCCGUCGCCGCCGCCGCCGCCGCCGCCGCUGCUGCUCGAGCUGUUGACAGCACGGCACGUCCUAGUCCCCCGACAUCCUUAAAGCCCUUGCUCUCCACAACAAUACCCUCCACAAUACCCUCCACAAUACCCUCCGCGUGCAUUCAAGCCGUGGCAUCGAGUCAACCCCCUCCUGAGACGGCUCAAGAACCCGCAAGACCUGGAACGUCCAUCCAAGAAGUGGUAUCAACACGGCUUCGCAAAACGGACCUCCUCCUGAAAACCAUCGCUGCACUAUGCAUCAGCCAGUCAGUUUCGCCUACAAAUCACCCCUCGUUACUGCCCCAGCCCCACCUAGCGCUGCUCUUCCUGCACGUGCUGCACCUACUAGCAGACCACUCCCACCUGCUGCCACUGCACACUGCAGCGCUCAGAGCGCUCACUGCCAUCGCCACCUGCAGCAGCAGUCAGGAGGACUCUCCAGGGUUUCUCACCGACGACCGCUUCGCCCAUCGCCUGCUCUGGGCCAUGGCAGCUGACCCAAUCUCCCUGCAGACCACACCACCUUCACCCGACGUUGUCUCCCAUGUGGCACCGUCCACCAAUCACACUCCGCCACCUGGCAAGCACUGGUGGCUGGCAGCGCUCCCGCUCGUCCUCGCCCUCCCCGCUGCCUCGCCUGCCUGCUCCCGCUUCCGCCUCCGUUGUGCUGCACUCAUGCUGCACCUCAUGGAGAAAGGGGAGGUACCGUCACCUGCCGUUAUUCCCACUCCGCCGCCCAUCCAGCUGUCAGCAGAUCAGAUCAUAUCCUCCUUCAUAUCAAAUCCCGCCAACAAGCCCACCUCCCCCGGAUGCGACCUCCCCCUGCUGCUCCACAAGCUCUACCUCCUUGACGUGUGCCUUGGCCAAUCGCAGCCCGCCACGUCAGUGCACGCCAUGCGGGAUUGGCUGACGUGGCUGCAGGCUGCUGCAACCAAGCUGUCCACCACCGACACGAGAACAGGCGCCGGCCAGGUAAGCACCUCACUUCACCGCCCCCCCCCACCGGCCCCACCUCCCUUUUCUCAGCUCUAG